UUAAGGUUAGUAAAGGGUUGCCCAAGGAUUUAGAAAAGCAUAUCCUUUCCUGAGCUUGACAUUCCUUCUUGAAUGCAUCAUAGCAGCAGGAUUAUAUAGUUUUGAGCUUGCAAUGCCUUUAGUGAAUUUUUUCACAAUCUCACUGGGGAAAAUGCUAGCAGGUACAACUUUUAGUGGCUGCUAAGAGAAAAACUAAUUAAGAAUCUUGCUAAUGUAGGAAUGUACUUUUAUUCUGUUUCUCACCAUACGAUUGCAAUUCAUAUGCCCGUUAGAAUUGAGGGUGGUAGUGGUUUAUUUUCUAUAUGAUCUCUCAGAAGUAUUGUUUGAUUUCAGAGUUGUUUUAUAGCAAAGAACUUUAACAUGAUAUCAUUUAAAACCAUAAAAUAACAGCAAGAAAAUUCAAGGCAUACCAGGGGAAUGCUAUAGUGACCAGGUCUCUGGCACUGAGUUUGGCUCUGUGGCUCAGGAGGAAGGUGGGGGUGAGGAAGGGGUAGAAAGAAGAGGAGAACAGCAGUAAUAAUGAUAAAUAGUUAGUGGAACAGACAGGAGAUUUUGUGGACAUCAAAGAGGUUCCCACAUGGUAUGUUGCCUCCCAGGAACCAGGGUCAGGGAAUUCUCAGAUCAGGUCCAUAGCAUUCUUAAGGGGGAGGGUGAGCAACCAAAUAUCAUGGUACAUAUUGGCAAUGUUCCCCCUAACUUGUAAUGAGCAGUGUGUGCAAAAGUCAUGUGCUGUACAAUUUUUUGCCCCGUGACAGCAACAUGAUAAUGGAGAAGCACAAAUCUAGGGAAGGAUGUAAAACCAUCUCAAUGGCACUGAACGUACCUCUGAGCUCAGUGCAGCCCAUUGUGGAAAAAGGGGAAAAAUAUGAAACCACAAACAUACUGCCUAGGUCAGGCUGCCCUCUAGUCGCUGGAGAAGAAUGGCACUUAUAUGAAGAGGCUACUGUGGCACCAAAGCCACUCUGAGUGAGCUGCAGAAGUCAGUGGCUGCAACUGUGGAUGAAGUUCAUGGCUCCACAUCUCCAAGGCCUUACACACAAAAAGGUAUUUGUGGAAGAGUGGCAAGGAAGAAGCCCUAGCUUUAAAAAAAAUAUCCUUACCCAGAAAGACUUUGCAAAGUAUCACUUAGAAGAUAUUGUAAAGAUGUGGAAAGAUGUAUUGUGGUCAGAUGAGACUAAAGUGGAACUUUUUGGCCUCAGCACGAAGCAGUGCAUGUGACAUAUCGGGUAACCCUCUCCCUAUUGUAAUGUAUGGUGGAGAUAGAUAUCAUGCUAUCAGGAUGCUUUACCGCAGCAGGGAUUGGAAAUCUAGUCAGUAUUAAUGGGGAGAUGAACAUUGCUAAAUACAGAGAGAUCCUGGAUUUAAAAACCUGUUAGCCUCUGCCAGAAAGUUUAAACUGGGGAGGAAGUUCAUCUUUCAGCAGAACAACAACCCAGAGUGUACUGCCAGAGCAACCGUGGACUGAAUUCAAAUGAAGAAAAUUGAUGUCCUUGUGUGGCCCAGUCAGAGUCCUGACCUUACCUGAUUGAACAUCGCUGGCAAGACCUCAAGAUUGCUGUCCGCCACCACUUCUCAACUAACUUGACACUCGAGAACAAUUUUGCAAGGAGGAAAUGGCAAAUCUUGUUCCAUCAUGUUGUGCAAAGCUGAUAGAGAUUUAUCCAGAAAGACUUCUGGCUAAUAGCUGCGAGAGGUGGUUCAACUACGUACUGAGCAAGUAAAAAAUGAACUGAUGACUGAAGCUGCAACCUCUGAAGUACAGACAGUAAAUAAUCAGGGUCCCAGCAGUGCCCUGAAGCAAGAUGGCACCAAUUUCUCUGUUGAUGCUGUGUACUUUAUUUGCCCUCUGACAAAUGCCUUGGUAUCUAAAAGUGAGAGAGAGUCGCAUAUUAAGGAGGCCAUUCUUAUGAAAUUUGCUGAUGAUCCGAUACGAGCCUCUAUAAUGAUGAUUCAUACAUUCAACAAGGAUAGAGAAAAAAUAAAGAUAGCUUGUGAAACUCUUGGCAAAUACAUUGAUAACAUAUGCAGUAAUCCCAGUGAAGAAAAGUACAGAAAGAUCAAGUUGCAGAACAAAGCCUUUCAGGAAAGGAUAUCUGAACUAGAAGGAACUCAUGAAUUUUUACAGGCAAUUGGAUUUGAAAGAAAAACGUUGCAGGUACCUGGGCAAGAGAAUGAAGAUGAGUUUUAUGUGUUCAAUGAGGAUUUUCUUACUACAUACGAAGACCUCAGACAAUAUAAAGAUGAGCUUUUAAAUGCUGAGCCAGUUAGAGCACAGCUGGAUCGACAGGUCAGAGUUUUUCAACCUUCACCACAGGCAGCUAAAUUUGAAUUACCCAACGACUUCUAUAAUCUGACAGCUGAAGAAAUUAAACGCGAACAACAGAUGAGAUCAGAAGCUGUUGAAAAGUCAACCAUGCUAAGAACCAAAGCCAUGAGAGAGAGAGACGAGCAGAGGGAGUUGAAGAAAUAUAACUACACGCUAUUGCGUGUUAGAUUCCCGGAUGGAUACAUUUUGCAAGCAACAUUCUAUGCACGUGAGAAGGUUUUAGCUAUCCGUGAAUUUGUUCACAGUGCUCUUGAAAAUGACUGUGUUCCAUUUGAGCUGGUGGCUCCUGGAGGUCAGAAACUAAAGGAUGACUCUGCAAUGCUUAUUGAAGUUGGACUGGUUCCUGCUGCUUUACUGACUUUAACAUGGGAUGCUGACGUUCUAUUGGAUAUACAAGCUGCAGGUCAAAAUUUUACUGGCACAAUUAAACAAGAACUGCUGUCUAAUGUCCAAACACUUGUAUAAGUAAAAAAAAACUUGAUGGCCCAGUUGAAUAUUUUAUGUAAAUUUAUUUUGUAAAUGAAACUGUAUCCACAGGAAAUCAGAAAUCAGUUCUUUAAAUGCCAUUUGAAAUAUGAUUUGAGAUGGCUGUAUGUGUACCAUAUUAAUGUACCAUAAUCUGAAACAUUGAUGAAGUUUUGUGUUCCUACUCUGGUUUAGAUGGUUUAAUGUUUUGAUUCUGAAAGAAUAGGAUGGAUGAUACAGUUGUAAUCUCAAUUAGAAAUGAGCAUUACAUUGAAGCCAAAUUUCCAUGAGAAAUUCUGAUCAGUUUAACUAAAAGAAUACCCAGGAGCAUAAUUUCAAAAUAUCAAGAAAUAUCUUGCAUUUAGAAAGAAAGGAGAGGAUUGUGAUUAAUUAAAUUAAUAUUGCUAAACUUUUUAUUUACUACUAAUGCUCUGAGUUUGGCUUUUUGCUAGCAGUAUAUUUUUUUUUACUGCCUCUAUACAUUGAUCUCCUUCUUGGGGCUUAGGUGAUUUUUUUUUUGUUAUACUGCCUUAGCCCUGUGAUGACAUUAUAGUUUGUUAUGUGCUGUUUUCACCAAGUAAAAAUCUGCCUUUACUUUGGGUAUGAAUCACUUUCAUCAAAAAAAAGAUAUUUCAUAAUUGUUUUUGGGAUCAAGCUGUGUACAGAUUGUCUUCUUUCCUACAAAAUAGUAACAUUACAGAAGUAACCCAAUAAUUAUCAAAGUACAAGAGCGUGUGAAGAUGUGUGUAAUUGCAAAUACAGUAUUUUGUUUAUAAUUUAUAUUAUACCAGAAAAUGAAGUAAAAAAUUUGAAAGUAUUGUUAUAGUUCUGCAUUAUUUAUAAAACUGCUAGAACUGAAUUUUAAAAUACAAACACCACCAUAACUACUCCAUCAUUUACAGCCUGAAAGCACUAUCCCUAAAGUGAGCUUCCAACAGAGCCGUGUGCAAUAACUUGGCAUUUGUGUCUAAGUAAGGAUAACUGUUGUAUGUUUAGUUAAACAGGUGGCCCGUUCACCUUGAGCAGGUUUAAGUUCGUGGUCCAUUGCUCUUGCCUUGUGCAUCUUGAUUGUUUUGACUGUGCACUAAGCUGUUAUUGGAGCUGCCAAUGUGCAGGGAACUUGCUUCCAUGUGGGUUGAAUUCAGGUUGAGCUGUUAGACCAUAAGUUACAGGGGAAGAAUUAGACCAUCUUGCGCUUGAAGUCUGUCCUGCCAUUUGAUUAUAGCUGAUCUAUUAUUUACUCUCAACCCAUUCUCCUGUUCUUUUUCCCCAUAAACUUUGACACCUUUUAUAAAACAAGAACCUCUCCACCUCGACUUUAGAUAUACCCACUGACUUGACCUCCACAGCCAUCUAUGGAUUUGCCUUCCUGUGGCUGAAGAUGUUCCUCCUUAUCUGUUUUAACGACAUGCUUUUAUUAUCAUGCUGUACUGUCCACUUCUGGAAACAUCCUCUCCACAUCCACUCUAUUCCAGCCUUUAAAUAUUUGGUAGACUUCAUUUAGAUUCCUCCUAAUGCCUCUAAGCUCUAGUAAGUGUAGGUCCAAACACAUAUGCUGCUCAUACAACAUACAUCAAAGUUGCUGGUGAACGCAGCAGGCCAGGCA